UUAACCAAGAUGCCUGUGAAAACGAGAGUAGCCCUGUUCCUGCUCCUGCUGAGUGGCUUCUUUGGAUCUGGGACUGGUGGGAAGGUGCUGGUGUGGCCAAUGGAGUUCAGCCAUUGGCUCAACUUAAGGACAAUCCUAGAUGAGCUUCUGAAGAAGGGUCAUGAAGUGGUGGUUCUGAAACCUUCAGCAUCUUUAUCUUAUGAGGUUGACAAUGCAUCUGCUAUUGAAUUCGAGACUUAUUCUACAACAUACUCCUUAUCUGAGUUAGAGGAAAUUUUCUGGGAAUCACUCAGAAAAUAUAUUUAUGAGCUGCCAAAGCAGUCAUUUUGGGGAUACUUCUUAAUGUUUCAAGAACUUGUUUGGAUAGAUUCAGAUUUUUUUGAGAGUCUCUGUAAAGAUGUAGUUUUUAACGAAGAACUCAUGACAAAGCUACAAAAAUCAAGGUAUGAUGUCAUUCUGGCAGAUCCUUUCAUACCCUGUGGUGACCUGCUGGCUGAGAUCCUCAAUAUACCUCUUGUGUACAGUCUCCGCUUCUUUCCUGGCUCCACUUAUGAAAAGUACAGUGGAGGACUCCCACUGCCUCCUUCCUAUGUGCCUGCUGUUAUGACAGAAUUGAGCGACAGAAUGACUUUCAUGGAGAGGGUGAGAAAUGUCAUCUAUGUGCUAUGUUUUGAUUUUUGGUUCCAAUCAUUUAAUGAGAAGAAGUGGAAUCAGCUUUACAGUGAAGUAUUAGGAAGACCCACGACACUCUCAGAGACUAUGGCAAAGGCAGACAUAUGGCUCAUUAGGACCUACUGGGAUUUGGAAUUUCCUCAUCCUGUCUUACCAAAUUUUGAUUUUGUGGGUGGACUCCACUGCAGACCUGCCAAGCCCCUGCCUAAGGACAUAGAAGACUUCGUCCAGUCUUCUGGAGAACAUGGUGUUGUGGUGUUUUCCCUGGGGUCCAUGGUGGGUAGCCUAACAGAAGAAAGGGCCAAUGUGAUUGCAGCAGGCCUUGCCCAGAUUCCACAGAAGGUUCUGUGGAGAUUUGAAGGCAAGAAGCCAGAAACUUUGGGCUCUAACACUCGUCUAUACAAAUGGAUCCCCCAGAAUGACCUUCUAGGUCAUCCCAAAACCAGAGCUUUUGUAACUCAUGGUGGCACCAAUGGCAUCUACGAGGCGAUCUACCAUGGGAUUCCUGUGGUUGGCAUUCCUUUGUUUGGAGACCAAUAUGACAAUAUUGUUCGCUUGAAGAGCAAAGGAGCAGCUGUUAGACUGGACUUUCUCACAAUGUCCAGUACAGACUUGCUCACUGCACUGAAGACAGUCACUAAUGACCCUUCCUACAAGGAGAAUGCCAUGCAGUUAUCAAGAAUCCACCACGAUCAGCCAGUGAAGCCCCUGGACCGAGCAGUCUUCUGGAUUGAGUUUGUCAUGCGUCACAAAGGAGCCAAGCACCUUCGUGUGGCAGCCCAUGACCUCAGCUGGGUCCAGUACCACUCCCUGGAUGUGAUCGGGUUCCUGCUGGCCUGUGUGCUGACUGUGGUGUUCAUCCUCACAAAGUGUUGCCUCUUCUGUUGUCAGAAGUUGACUAAAGCUGGAAGGAAGAAGAAAGGGGACUAGCUGAGCUGGGGAAGACUGAUGCAUGGACGUCUCCAGUGCAUCGCAGUAAGAGAGGCAAUGAUGGUAGGGCCCUUCAUCCUGUGACAGGGUAGUUUUUCAAUAAUUACUUAUCAAGUCAGAAGAUGAUUUGUUCUCCCAGAGAUUUAGUAGUUCUUUUGGAAUUAGUAGUAUUUCGGCCAAAGAUAAAAUUGAAAGGGAGACACAGAAACAUCAACAGAGUCAACAUGAAUACGCAUAAAGUUUUACAAGUUCACUUCUGCAACAUAGCAAAGAAUGUUAUGGCUGAAGAGUUGGUUGGCUCCAUGGUCUAAUCACUUGUCAGGCAAGACUUCCUCCUUGAUUUUUGAGGACCUCAUAUAAAAUUCAUAUCGAGUAACAUCUAUAACUCUAGUAUAAGAAAACCAAGACAUGUGAAAUACAACCAGGGGGAUUACCUGAAGUUCUCAGGCCAACUAGCCUGGUUUUCAACAAGAAAUAGCCUGCCUCAUAGAAUGUGGAAGGGACAUUAACACUGAAAGCUAUGCCUUGACAUCCGAACAUGUGUGCCAUAGCAUAGGUGUGCCCCACUCACAAAUUCAUUAGCACAAGCAUGUAAUUAUACACAUGUACACAGGCUUUAAAUACACAUAGAAACACAUACAUACACAUAGACAACACAGCACUUAUGACUCACAGUUUGUUUGUGGAUACACCAUGAGUAAGAAGCCCACAAUUUCUACAUAGUUUUGCAAGUAUUGAACAAGCUUUAACUUUAUUUAUUGCAGACUUUACAGGAUGAAUAUCUAGGUAACACAUUCAGGAUUGGAGCUGGGUGAAACCUGUAAUCCAACAUUUGUCUUCAGGAGACUUGUACUUUUGCAGAGUCUCAUGUGGGACAGUAAGUAUCAGAAUGACCUCUACCUUAAAGGACCUACCAAGAUUGGACUUGUGGCUGGGGAGAUGGCUCAGCAGUUACUAACUAGCUCUUCUUCUAGAGAACCCAUAUUCCGUUCCCACCACCCAUAUGAUGAUUUAGGACCAGCAGUAACUCGUGUUACCAUGGGAUCUUUUAUCCUCUUCUGGCCUCUCUUGGCAUUGCAGAGACACAUGCACAGGAAGCCCACAUAAAAAUAAAAUUAAAUUAAAGAUUAAAGACAAGUUUUGGUUUUAUGAUAUUAAUUCUAUUUCCAUUCAACCCUUUACAAAGAAUAAUGAGAUUCCUUCAUUUUCAUAAUUAGCCUUUGGAAGCAGAUGUAAUAUUUCAAUUUAUAUUUUGAUAACACAGAAAAAAGACUCUAAAUAAGUUGUUUUCACACAAGCGAAGGAUGUGUGUAUGUGUGUCCCUUUUUACAAAACAGAAUGUACUUUACCUAUGCUCUUUAUAUUCAUGCUGUGACUUCAAUAUUUCUAUAAGAAAUAAAUGUUUUGAAAUUA